GGCUUUUUCACGACGUCGCGAAUUGGAGCCUGUUGAGAAUAUUUUUUCUUUUGGUUUCUGCUUGUCCAGACUGAGAGCAGCAGUGUGCAAUUUGGCGCAACUGGACCUGCAGCCCUGCGAGGAGUCUCUCCCUCCCUCUCUGUCUCUGGGUGUCUCCCCAGUUGAGAGCCUGCACUUCUCGUCCAGGUGUGACAUUUUUGGAGUGCCUCAUUAGAACCGCAACCUGCCGAGAAGAUGACGGACUCCACACCGCCAGACUCCACCGCCGUCCCGGACCCGGUUGUUGCAGUGGACCCCACGGCCGUGAACGGGCAGUGCGAGCAGGCGGACCCCCAACAACAAGAGCAGCAGCAGCAGCAACAGCAGCCCAGCACCGAAGGUCCGACAGAGGGUCUCAAGAUGGACCAGGAGAUGAAGAUAACAGACAGCCUAGAGGACGGAGGUCUUCUGGAAAGCAGCAUGCGUCUGAAGCCUCAUGAAGCACAGAGUUACCGCAAGAAAGCUCUGUGGGUGUCUUGGGUGUCCAUAGUGAUCACCAUCAUCCUGGCCAUCGCCGCCUUCACUGUUUCCAUCAUGCGCCACAGUGCUUCAGCCUUUGGAUUUGCUUUCGACGCCACACUGGAUGUGUUGUCCUCCGUUAUUGUACUGUGGCGGUAUAGCAAUGCUGCAGCUGUCCACUCAGCACAUCGCGAAUACAUAGCCUGUGUUAUCCUGGGCGUUAUUUUCAUCCUGUCCUCCUUGUGCAUUCUGGGUAAGGCUAUCCACGACCUGGCCACCAAGCUGCUACCUGAAGUGGAUGACUUCCUGUUCAGCGUGUCCAUCGUCAGCGGCUUGGUGUGCAUCAUUCUCGCUGUGAUCAAGUUUAUGCUCGGCAAAGUGCUCACGAGCAGGGCCCUCAUCACUGAUGGAUUUAACUCUCUGGUCGGGGGAAUCAUGGGGUUCUCCAUCCUCAUAAGCGCUGAGGUGUUCAAGCAUGAACCCCAGGUGUGGUACCUGGACGGGACAAUAGGCGUCCUCAUAGGUCUGAUCAUCCUCGCCUAUGGAAUCAAGCUGCUGCUCGACAUGGUCCCACGGAUCCGACAAACCAGGAACUACGAGCGCUUUGAGUGACGGAGCGCAGAGGGAAAGAAAGAGGGAGUAGAGGAGGGAUGGACGGGGACUGACUGACUGACUGACAGGAGAGGGACAGGGUUUCAGUCCCUAUCGUCCCUCCACAGAUGAACGCAUUCAGUCCUUGAGGUGCCAGUGGUGUCCAUACUGUCCUCCCUUUCAAAGAACUCUGAGGAUCCAAUGAUGAUGUUCUUGUCGCCUUUUAAGUGUUUUACAGUUUGGUGUACAUAUGAUCUAUUUAUGUAUUUUAACAGUGAAUGGGACAGUCUGUUCUUUCAUGCCUCCAUAUUUAAACAUUAAAAAGAGAAAGGGAGUUAAACUAACUUGUAAAAGUUGUUGACUCAGUUGCAGAGACGAGGCAGAGCUGCAGGAGACACAUGGACGCCGAGACUCCAUAACUCCCCCGAAGCAACAGAUUUCUGUACAGCGAGUUGAUGUACAGUACCUCAGUUACACCUCAUCGCCCUGUCAAAACACAGCAGUUUAUUUUCCCAUGGUUCCUAGAGGCCUUUGCUCAGCUGUGCUAUAAAACGUGGCAGUGUGGCAGGUGAAGCUGAUUGAUGUAGCUGAUGUAGCAGAGGAGGAUUUAUGCUGUUUGACUUUUUUUUAUGACAAGAGAGGAUAUAUCAAUACAAGGCCCAUUUGGCACAGAGAGCAGGUAUACAAGCACACAGGCUCAUGUGAUUUGCCGUUUACAAUAUUUAUCCAGGCUGUUGUGACGGGAGCUGAAGCCUCGGGUGGGCACUGUUUCAGCAGCAUGAUGCCAGCGCCGGCUUACACCGCAGGAGGAUGGAAAUCAGAGUUUUUGGCAUCCAGUCACACAGUCAUGACCUGACAAAUGUAACAGAAGAAAUACGACAGAAAGCAGCUCUGUAGCUUCCACCGUUUUUGUUUGUUUUUGAAGCUACAAACCCAACUAUAUCUUUUGUACGUUGACACUGUGCACCAUCUACUGACCAGAAGAGGUAACUGCCACACACACGUGAAAAUGUAUGAAUGUGCAUCUGAUACAGCUAUAUACAGAGCAAGCUUUUUUUAAUAACUGAGAUAAAACACAGUUUAUUUCCUGCUUACUGUCAGCACUCCCUUUAUUAGAGAACCUUUUAUGUUUCAAAUCUUCACCAGGCAUCUUAAUUCAGCACGUUUUCUACAACCUAAUCGACUUCCUGUCAGUAAAAGGGUCAUGCAGAUUGUUGUGAUUUACACACAAAGAUGUUAACAUGAUGUCCCGAAAUACCUGUCCAACUACUUUGAUCGCAUCAGAGACAAUCGCAAUGAUUCAACAAGACAUCGCCCAACAGGUUUUAGUCUUUCAGAUUCAAAAGUUCAGUGGGCAAAAAACAACUUUUUAUA